CGAAACGCAGAGAACUGUUCUUUCCCAAACAAAAUAUUGGGCAAGUACAUCUAUGUGUAAUAUGUCAUAACCACAACACGUACAAGUUCACCAGUGAUGAGUUGUUCCAUGCUCGUCGAGGCUACCUCUUCUAACAUCGAAGACGAUUUAUACACAUUUAAAGAAGACCCUGAGUCUCCGGCUGUAGGCUCGCCAGAGGCUCAGGCGGAUAGCGCAGGCGCAGGCGGGAAGGCUGCUGCCCCGUGCAAGGUGUGCGGGGAUAAGGCUUCCGGCUAUCACUACGGCGUCACAUCGUGCGAGGGCUGCAAGGUAAGUGCAACUGCUACGAGCCCGCGGGACUACGAACAGGGCUACGAGCUCCGCGCUACGCGUACGUUUCAAGGCUUCUUUCGGAGGAGCAUUCAGAAACAGAUCGAGUACCGUUGCCUCCGCGACGGCAAGUGUCUUGUGAUCCGGCUCAACAGGAAUCGCUGCCAGUUCUGCAGGUUUAAAAAGUGCCUGGCGGUUGGCAUGAGCAGAGAUUCCGUCCGUUACGGAAGAGUCCCAAAGCGCCGCGAAGUAUCGAGCCCCGAGAGCAUGGCGGAUCUAGCUAAGAACCUGGCAUCCAACCCGGAGCCGCCACCGGCAGCCGGAGCCGCGGCCGAAGAGCCCGAGGUCGACGCGCUGGAGGCCUCCAAGGAUCUCGCCAAGAUGGUCAUCCUGGCACAUCGCAACUUGAACUCGUAUUCCGAGGACUUCCGCCGCUCGCUGCAGUUGCAGACUUUCAUCUUGAAAGUUGAGGAAGAUCGGGAAGGUCAACCCGGCGGCAGCAAUGAUGGCCAAGCUGCUGGUGGAUCUAACGAGGGUAACGGUGCAAACGGGGCUAACGGAGCCAAUGGUGGGAACGGCGUGAAUGCCGCAGCCGCCAUUGCCGCCGCCAACCGAUUUGAAACUCUCACUGUACUAUGGUGCAACGUGGCCUACCGCAUGACUCCCGCUGUCCAACAGGUCGUCGAAUUUGCUAAGCGCUUACCAGGAUUUCAUAUCCUGCCGCAAGACGACCAGCUGAUUUUGAUCAAGCUCGGAUUCUUCGAGGUAUGGCUGACCCGGGCUACUCGCAUCUCUACUCCAUCUGCUAUCGUCUUCGAUGACGGCACCUCACUAAGUCACCGCCAACUUGAGCUGAUGUAUGAUACUCCCUUCGCGUCCGGGAUACUGUCCUACGUUCGCGCCGUGAUCCGCAUGGACAUGACAGAAGACGAAGCAGCCAUGUACACCGCCAGCCUGCUGGUGUCGCCCGAUCGCUGCGGUCUCAGCGAGCGCGACCGCGUGGAGACACUCGUGCGCAAUGUGAACGACGCUUUUAUAUAUGUGCUGUCGGAAAACGGGACACCAGACGUGGCAACUCGCAUGGAGGCGUUCAACUCUCUGGCCCAAGAAGUGCGUAUGCUCGGCGACCGCCACCACGACCUGUUAAGCUGGUGCCGUGUCAACUGGCGCCGCUUGGAUUUGCCGGCUCUAUUCUCCGAAAUUUUCGACAUCCCCAAGAACGACGAAGAUUUCUUCGACCCGGAGCGCGCCAGCACCUCCGUCUAAAGAACGUUGCGUUCUUACCCAUAACCCCCAAUAAAUAACAGUAGAAACAUUAUUAUUGGUCAUUAUUUCCAGUUACAAACCACAUUACCGCUUCUUAAACGCACUCUGGUAGAUUUAAUCGAUUUGUUUCUCCAAUCGAUACGAAUACAGUAAAUGCAAGCAACGUUCAGAUUUAAGUGUACGAAUAUUCUAGUAGCUUUUCAACUCAAUAUUCACUGUUAGAAAAGCACUUUGAAACAUUAUUUAUCGUAAUUAUUAACGUAGUGCGUCAUAUCAUAUCCAUGACGUAGAUAUAUUAUAGUCCUAGAUUCCAAGUUGGUAUAUCUCAAUACGUAAAUCAUAUAAUCGUAGUUAUAGUGCGUAGGUACUGGAAAUGUACGUCGGUGAUACUUCCCGUUCGGUUUUUUAUAAACCCUCGAGAUACAUAUUUAACAGGCAAAGUUGAAUUUCAUGCGAAGACCCGAAGUUCACAUUAACAUAACGGAGUUGAGUCUGACGUACGUUAUCAGUUAUAAAUGUAAUCUCACUGCAUUUGUGGAUUUAUGUGUAAAUUAAAUUGCUUUCGCUCCGUUAAAUUACUUAGUUUCCUAUUCGUGAUUUAUUAUAUUUUAGUUAGAACUAUUGUUAACCUUUACUUUCGAGGAAUGUGAUAUGAUGAGAGGUGAUAGCAUCAGAUGUACGAACCUAGUAGGGAUACGACUAAUUCUAUGGAAGCGACUGAUUCGGUAUAGUUAUUAACAUUCGAUGCUUUCGAAGAUUUGACGGCAUAUAGCUCUAUCAUUUGUUUUUAUACAUAUCAGAGUUCAAUUUUUAGUUAUAAGAAUUUUUAUUACACCUUUUUUUGCUCAACUUCAAUUAGAAUUUAUGGAAUGCGUUACUUUCAGCAUCUUGUAAAAGGUUUAAUAUAUUUUUGAAAUAGUUUUGUUGUAAAUUUGAUAUCUAUUAUAUGAUUUAUUUGCUGAAUUUGUAUUCCUUUAACGUGAUCAGAUCAUACUUUGGAAUACAAAGUUGUGUUAGUUUAGUAUUUUGGGGAGUGAUUUCUAUAUAUUGGAUGAGGGUCCUAUGCAAUACUGGGACGGGGGGAGUGUACGGAUGAGCCGUUACAAUAAUUUAAAUGCAUUUAUUAUAUUCUAAUUUCUAAGUCAAGUUUAAUAUAAUUUGCUUGCAAUUCGAAAAACAAGCCGAGAAAGCGAGUGAUUAUAAAAUAGAAUCAUUUUAUUAUUGUUAUUUGUUUACAAACUUUGUGACGUCUUAGUCUCGUUUAUGUCUUUAGAUUUAGUUACUUAUUUCUUGUUAUUUUAAUUUGCCUAAAUUUUAAAUAAAUAAGAUUGGUUUUAUCAAUAUGUGGAGU